AUGGGAAAUUGCUGCCUUAACUCAGCUCCUGAAUUUUUGCAAGAAUUAGUAUAUACAAGUUUUGCAAAUUUGAAAGUUUAUGACAGAGACAGUGAUGGCACUAUUAAAGGAAGAUCUAAUGUUCAAUUUGAACUAUCAUCUCCUGUUUUACAGAGCUCCCUCAAUUGUAAGCUGAAUAAUCAUGCAAUAAGGAUUACUGGAUGUGCAAUCCCAGGCCUAGAUCCACGCAAGAAUAGAGCUAAGGACUGUCAAGAUACUUAUGCUAUUGUGGAAAAAGGCAAUGUAAUUAUGACUUCUUUAUUUGACGGACAUGGCAAAGAAGGCAAAAAAAUUUCGCAUUUUUGCAGAGAUUUUAUGUCAAAUUAUUUAAAUCUUUACCUGUAAAUAUACAAUGUUUCUAGUAAACCAAUAACUGUUAUAAUAAAAUAUUACCUAGUUAAUAUUCCUAUAUAUAUUAUUAAAAAUAUAGAAAAUAACUAUGAAGAUAUAGAAAGUGACCCUAUUGGCAAUAUUGAAAGAAUGACUGUACUAUGCGAUGAAGCCCUCAAAAAAUCUGACAUUGAUAGCAUUUUAUCUGGGACAACUGCAGUCGUUGUUUUAUUUACUAGUACCGGAAUUCACGUUGGAAGUGUAGGAGACUCCAGAGCUGUAUUAUCAACUAUACCUAAAACAAACACUCCUUAUCAAGUCCCAGCUGCAAGCUAUUAUAAUCGCUUUAAACGUCCAGUGCUUCCUUUACGAAUUUUAAAAGCUAUCCCUCUCACAAUUGACCAAAAACCCAAUCAUUUUGACGAGCUUAAGCGUAUUAUCGCUUCUGGUGGGUUUGUGGAAAGAGUUAAAGAUGAAAUUGGCAAUGAAAUCGGCCCUUUUCGAGUCUGGAAAAAACGAGGGAUCAUGCCUGGCCUUGCAGUAUCAAGAUCAAUAGGUGACAGAAUGGCCAAAGAAGUAGGAGUAAUUUCAACUCCUGUCAACCACACAUUUCCGCUAUAUUUCAACAGAGACCAGUUUAUAGUUAUAGCAAGUGAUGGAAUUUGAGACACUAUGGAAAACCUUGAAGUUGUGAAUUUUGUGGAAAGGUUUAGGCAUAGUUCGAAGUUUUCUUCUGGGGCAUCUGAUUUCCCAGUAAAUACUAUGCCCAUUAUGAAGAUAUACAUGGAGAGUAUUCCUUAUAUAAAUCUUUUUUUCAAUUUAAAAUCUAUAAUAAGUAUAUGAAAAUAUUUAUAUAUAUGUUAUAAAUGGUGAUAACAAUUCAACAAUAGCACGACUUCUUUGUGAAGAAGCAAGAUACAGAUGAUUUGGAAUCAUAGAAGACGAAGACGUCGUAAUUGAUGAUAUAUCUUGUGUUAUCAUCGAAAUGAACUGUCUUGAGCCCAGUACCACAAUAGAGCCUGAAUCAAGCACAGAAGAAAGAAAUAUAAAAGGCUUCCAAAGCAUCACCACAAUUGACGAAAGCAAAAAAGAAGACGAAAAAGCCAGAGAAAGCGCUGAGCCUGGCAAAGUAAAAGUUGUGAGGCGAGACUUCGUCAGAGGAAGUACUGCAGCAGUAGAAGAGAACGAAUAA